UCCGAGCCCCGCCGAGUGGAGUGCGCCCUAAGCACUGAUCACUUGCCAGUUGCCACCCAUCAAUCCAAGGCUAGAAACCAAAGCAACUGUCAAGGUACCAUUGAUUGAGGCGGCAUUCACAUUGUGCUCUGUCCUGGCUUCGCACCCAUCGUUCAUCUAUCUGCUGACCAAUGGAGGGGUUCUGCUUCGCGCGGUGCCGGUUCACGCGACUCAUGGUGGCGAUGCAGUUGGUUAUGGGCGUGUUCGUGAUCUUCAUCAGCAUGGCGAGCCUCCACCGCUUCUACACCACCAACAACCUCCUCCCGGGGCUCGACGACCCCGCCCACUGCGCCAAGUUCCACACCGUCGCAGGCGCCGAUGGGUACGCCGGCUUCGACAUCCACGCACUGGCGGACCGCGUCGACGACGUGCUCGUCCAGCUCGCCGAGCUCCAAGACAAGCUCGAGGCCACGGCGCUAAAGAUCAGCAAGAAGACCAAGAAGCGUAAGGCCGGACACAAGCAGGAGAACAUAACCAUGCCGGAGUUCAGGCGCUUCCUGGAGGACGAGGUCAUCCACCCGCUAUACAGCGCGCACAUCGCGCUCCGGCUGAUCCGCCUCCCACGCCCGGACCCCGACGGCGGCGAGGGUAACGACGCCGCUCCGGCCGUCGACCCGCUCGUCAACUUCUUCACGGCCGAGGAGACCCGCAAGUACGUGACAGCCAAGGGCAACCGCGGCGGCCAGCCGAGCGUGUACGGGACCAACCGGACGUACGGCACCAUUGGGCACGCCUGCGUGCUGAUGCGCCGGGAGCUGGACGAGUACAUGAGCUACGACGUCGGCGCCCACUGCCCCGACGACUGGGACCUCGGUCAGCGCCUGAUGCUCGGCGGAUGCGACCCGCUGCCGCGGCGCCGCUGCCUCGCCCCAGCCUCCAAGCUCUUCCACCGCCCGCUUCCCAUCAACGAGUCCCUAUGGAGGCUGCCGGACGACGGCAACGUGCGGUGGACCCGCUACCACUGCCGCGGCUACAAGUGCCUGUCUGCCAGGAACCAGCGCCGCGGCUACGACCGGUGCGUGGGGUGCUUCGACAUGGACCGGGAGAAGCAGCGGUGGGUAGUCGCGGCGUCCAACGGCAGCGCAGCGCUCGCCGACUUCCGGAUCGACGACGUGCUGACGGUGAAGCCCGGCGAGAUGCGCAUCGGCCUGGAUGUGAGCGUGGGCACGGGCAGCUUCGCGGCGCGCAUGCGGGAGCACAACGUGACCAUCGUAUCCACGGGGCUGAACCUGGGCGCGCCGUUCGCGGAGACGAUCGCGCUGCGGGGUCUGGUGCCGCUGUAUGCGACGAUGAGCCAGCGGCUGCCGCUGUUUGACAACACGAUGGACUUGCUGCACACGGCGGGAUUCUUCGAGGGGUGGGUGGACCUGCAGCUGCUGGACUUCGUGCUCUUCGACUGGGACCGCGUGCUCCGCCCCGGCGGCCUGCUCUGGGUGGACAAGUUCGCCUGCGCUCGCAAGGACCUCGACGAUUACAUGUACAUGUUCCUGCAAUUCAGGUACAAGAAGCACCGGUGGGUCGUCUCCUUCAAGUCCAAGGACGAGGUCUACCUCUCCGCGUUGCUCGAGAAGCCGCCAAGGUCAUGAUCCACGCCCACGCGCAUCAACGCCAUCGUCGGUCAGUGACAGUCAGGUUGUAGAGUGAACUGAGAUGAGAUAUAUAUUGAUGAUGUUUGUAAUUUUAGCUCUGAUUCAAUAUAACUUGAUGAAUAAAUUCAAAGGAACUGAAGUUGAUUUCAGGUUGGUUUACCCCUCGGUCUUUUCCUUUCCUGUAUGUAGUUCUGUGACAAAACGUGGAGUUCUAUAGUAGAUCAGGUUGUGUACCUGUAUGGAUGAUGUUGUAACUUUAGUUCUGAUUCAACCUAACUUAUUGGUGAAUAAA